AACGGAUCUGGAUCUAAAUGUCCUAGGCGCGCUAUUUUUCGGUUACGUUACGUUUGUGUCAAAAUGUUUGAAGUCGUAACAAGAUUGAUUGGGGAUUUGUCGUCUUAUUUCACGGAAGUUCAAGUUUCUUUCAUUAAAUACAUUGUGGCUGCCCUUUUAUUUACGUCCACAUCGUUAUUUUUUGUUCGUCGGAGUUAUAAUAAGGAAUCAAUUAGUAAUUCGACAAAGAAACCGAAGACACGUAUCAAAAAAAGUAAAAGUAAAACUUUGGAUGAAAGGGCUUCUUCUUUGGAUGAUGACCGUAGAGAAACCAAAAAACCCACAGUCGUGAUACCCAACCAAGUUGUAGAACACAAUCCUACUCCUGCCCCAAUUUCCUUCCAAGAUUCUAAAAUGACUCAGAAUUUAACGAAGGAUGUUUCAUUGUCUGAAGAAAACAAUGACCAAUGGGUAACUGUUAAGAGAAGCAAAAAAGGAGAGCAGCAGACGAAAAGUAAAAGUAGUUCUAAAGAGCCUGUGACUGUGGUUCAUGAAGUCGUCAAGACGAAAAGCAAGAACUCUGUCGAUCAAUCUGGAUCGGAUAAACUGUCAGGUGGUGAGUCUCGUGCUUCAGCAGCCAAGAAGUUGCCACCUGUACCCCAAAUUCCACCCUUCAAUCCACCUACUUCUGAAUCUGAUGGUGAGUGGCAUGAAGUGAAACUUUCUAAGAAAGGACGUAAAUCAGCCAAGAACUGAGUCUUCGAUUACUUCGGAACUGUACAUAUCCCCUGUGAUUUCUUUAAGUGCCUAAAUUGCUAUGCAGAGAUAUUGUCGUUCUUUCAUUCCACUUUAUGUUAUGCCACUGUUAUAUUUAAUUUCAGUAUGUACUAAUGUAUUGUAUCACUUGGGAUUUGAUUGCUGGCAGUCACCGAGCUUUUGAUUUUCUGUCAGCUACACUUUUCCUUACGUUUAUACGGCUCACCAUUUGUAAUAAUAUGACCCUGGUGUACAACAAUGUUGUUUUGCUAAAGUCCCAUCCUGAGUUUGUAGUAAUAGUCAUCUCACCUUUCUUUCAUUAUGAUUUAAGUUAAAUAUUUAUAAGGGUGGUCGGUGAAAUGAUUCUGAAUAACCACCUGAAUAUCCAUACUUAUCACAUGAACCACACUUUGUAAGGACUCAAUUGCCACAGUAAAGUAUCAAUUCCCUUCUGAAUAGUUAUAAGUCGUGUAUAACCAAUGGACUGUAGCUUAAUUUAUGUUAGUUACGCGGAUUAGUCGUUCGUGACAUAUUGACGAUGAACACUUACUGCAAUGUUCUAUCUACAGUUCUUUCAGUGUUGGAUAUUCAUGGGUGUUAAAAAGUUUAGCUGCAGUGUAGUAAAUUCCCACUUACUUUCCUGUUUAUCUUACUUUUGGUUUGUUAUUGUAUUGUAUAUGUUUGGGUUAUCAUUUAGUUUAUCACUAAGGACGCUCACACUAAUCGUUUUUAUAUAGCUUUGUUAUACCUGUUUUGGUGAUGAAAACUGCUGGUCGAAUUGUCUGCCAUUUUUAAGGCUUUGUAUGUAUUUCUUGCUGCAUCAGCCCAAAUGAACUGAAUAGUCAAAACAUGUAUUAGUCAGCAAGGUGCGUGAUCAACUACUUAAAGUGGAGCUGAUUACGCAAUAUUGUUCUUAUGCCGUACAACCGUAAGGGUUAUGUUUCUCGAUAGUGUGUAUUAUUUUAGCAUUCCUCAUGUGCGAUUAAACUACGAUAACCAAUAUACCGCUAAGUUAAUCCGGUUUAAUGAAGACAGUCUGAAUGCAUGUUCGUUCAUGUAGUAAUAAGUCAACCAACUCUGGCUGCGUAACCCUCCGUAGGUCACAGGAAAUCCAAAGUGGUUGGAAGCUGGAUUUUCAGACUGGUGUCACACUUCUUCUGAGUUUUGACACGGAGAGCUGCUUAAGAAAUGCAGGUCCUCCAAUGAGUUAGGUGGUUUUAAUCAUUUGAGAUUUUUUUUGUGUGUAUCGACGACAGCUAAUAAUGUUGAAUGAAAUGUAACUAGGUCUGGAAACACCUAGAUUUAGUUAAGGAAGGGGAUGCCAUCUGUGUAAUAUUGGGUGUCACUUCUGAUUUUCCAAGUCUAACAAUGGCACAAUCUCCGAUGAAGAUACCCGAUAGCCAAACAUUUGUAAGGCUUAGUGAUUCUACAUAUUUUCAACCUUACCCCUCAAUUUAUGGAAAUCUACCUGAAAAAUUGUAGUAAUUGAAAUUUUUUUGAAAAAAGUAAAACUAUGAUGACGCGGGACUAAUAGUUGAGAAAUUGGGUCGGAGCUGCCGAAUAACAGUUCAACUGACUCAUAGUUGCUCACAUAUUUGCCAAGGGUUACAGCAAAACAUAUCCCUAAAUGAAGAUGAGAUAGAGAAGCAGAAGUUGGUUGUUUGAUCCCAAACGAUUUUCAGAAAUUGUAACUAACUACGGGGACAGACUUUUAGUUAAAGUUUAGGAUUUCGGAAAACACCGAUUAGUGUCCACGAAAAAUACUGUAUCGCUAUCCUUAUUUUAUCAUAAAUGUAUUAGUGCAUGUGACUUUUUGACUCCGACAACUGAGAUUUCGAGGAUGUAGAUAGCAUAGUCUUUGAUAGUAAAGAUGUUGAUAAAAUGUAAUCUUGUUCUCAAUGUUUGCUCUAAUUAAGUGUGAAAUAAUACCAAACUAUCCUGAAGACCAGGGACCGAAGUGGCAUCAACCCUAAUGCCCCAGUCGCUGACAAAAUUUCCGUACAGAUACAGAAAGCUUACUGACUUAUGUUGUAUUUGUGUGGGCGAAAUAUCCUGCUAUUUGUCAAAAAGCUUGUAUUCUACGCAGCGAUUCUGUUCGCCUUACUUAAAAUGGCAAGGAUUAGAAACUGUUCAGGCUAUGUUGGGCAAUGUAUUAAACAAGGAGAGUUAGGCGUAGUGUUAGGUAAAGGUGGAAAGCCAGUCUGUGAGGUUUAGUUGACUGCGACAUGUGUGAAGUAUGCUGAGUCACCGUCUUAUCUACAAGCAGUGUUAGAUGACAUUGGAUCAGAUUGGAAAAGAUUUUGGGGUGGUCAGACCAAAACACAGUAGGAGUCUAUACAGUCUUUUAUUAUUGGUUUGAGGCAAGCAGAGAGAUUUGGAUUGUCUGGCUGAAUUUUUUCAGGUUUUCCUAGGGAUCAGUAGUUAAAAAAUCUUGGUGACGUCUUAAACUCGUUUAUAUUGUCAGAGGUGUCUUCACACUGUUAUCUGUGAUAUUACGAACUUCUCUUAAUCGAAUUAUUUUGUCCUAUUAGUCCAAAUGAUUUUAUUUCAAGACAACAUAGUGGCAUGAAUUUAGAGUAAUGUGAGCAGUGAUGAGUAGAUCAGUCGUUAAACUGAGAGUACGAAAAUAUAUAAAUACUGCAGAAUAGUUAAAUAUUUAACUGAAAACGAUCGUUAUCCGUGUAUAUAUUCACAUUGUGAAUGGUUUUGAGCACUAUUAACGGAAUUCUUUAAUAACUAAGCUUCUCAUAUUAGUAAACAUAAAUUUACUCUAUCGAUUUUAGUCUGCUGCUCUACGCGUAAAAUGCCUACCCUGUCAGUGAUUACAUAACAAGAGAGCAAUGAGCUCCUGGUUAUCUGUUAGUGAUGCAUAUACAUUCCAAUCAGUUAUGUGUUAUAUCAGUAUUCUGUAAUGCCCCAUGCAUCUGGUUUCCUACAGCAUUGUAAUAUCACACUUGCACCAAAAGGAUCGUAUUUAUUAGUAUCUGAGGUCGGAUUCAUUGCUUGUUGGCCCAUGCUGUACGUCACUAGAAACGUGUGCAAAAUAGACUGAGGAAUGAAAACAACAGUAUGUUUCAAAAAGCUGCAAGAUAGUAUUAGAAGGAAUAAGUGAGAUUCGCACCAUUCUAGUCCAUCCAACUGAAACGUGUGGAAGUAAAUUUCUUGCACGUGUCAAUUUUCAGUCUGAUCAAUAUUGGUUCUAUCGAUUUCUGCCACAGCAGGAUAUACUGGAACUAAACGUUAAUAACACUUCACGACUAAUAUGAUCCUCAACUAUUAUCGCCACAUGAUAGCACCAUCUAUUUUGAACACUUAGUUUCUAUCCUCAAUCUGCUAGAUUAAAUUUAAGAGUGCACGUUCUGCAAGUAGAGAGUUCUUAGCUCUAUCCAUCACAGAGAUGGGUGAGCACUACUGAAGCUUGCAUCUUCAGAAACAGUGGUUCUAAUUCUUCAAUGGUCCUCCGAUUAUUUCACGGAUUAAUAUCAGCUAAAGGACCAUCGAAAAGCUGACAGCACUGUUUCCUAGUUUGUGACUCUCCAGAAGUGCACACACAUGAC